AAGACAAUUGAUGAUAAUAGAGAGGGAUUGACAAAUACUUAGCAUGAGAGAAGAAACAUGGAAUGCUGCAGUUUUUUAACAUACUUUUCUCUCAUAUUUUGAUUUGUCAUAAUUGCAUUGCCAAACGAAGUAAUCACAUCACCUACAAUCUGUUGAUGAAUGAUUAUGAUGUGUUAAGUUUAGUUAGUCUUUAUCUUGGUCAGAUAUCAGUGUUAUCUUUCCUUUUCCCUCAGCCCAAAGAAAACUGGCACGACUUCUUCCUCCUGCCUAUGAUCCAGGAAAAGCGAAAGCAUCAUGAAGCGCUUCGUAGUCUUCGAGGUGGCUACAGAGCUGGUGUAGAGGCACCUAAGAAACCAAUGAAGAUCACGGGUGUUCCAUCAGGAGUAGCUCUAACACCUGGCAGUAGCAACCAGAGGAUACUCUGUGACAUUUCGCUUGGGUCAAAGGGCAAAGGUCGAAGCAUUGGAGAACGGGGAGACAUCCCUCAGGUCCCACCCUUGGGAAAGCAAGGUGUGACAGGCUAUGGUGCAUUACAGAUGACUUGGUCAAACAUGGUUCCACGAUACACUGCCCAAACACAGGAGGGGCACUGUGUAACCAUGGGAAGCAGGAGGCGUGACUUGUCUCUGGGGACGGCACAGAGAAAAGGAAAGGAUUGGACAAAAUAUGAAGCAAACAAGAAGAUCUGGCUGAGAACACAAAUGCUCUAUCCAUCACUUUUCGCUCUCCAGGAGAUAGAUUUCGUCAAAAGAAGACUGAGUGAACCUCACCCAACCAAGAAAGGUAAUGUGUUUCAGUGGGAGACACCGCUGCCUAUGGUUUCAUUUAAACCCACAGAGAGACAAGUUGAGGAGCCAAAGAAGCCAUGUCGUAUGUGUGAUCAGGAGCGGCAAAAAAUGGCGACCAGUCUCCCAUCCAUCAUCCAAUCAGAGAACAGGGAAGACGUCCCCAUCGUCCCUUGGAAUUCUAUCGCAUCGACCUGUGACCCCUGGACUCUACCGAAGAUUAAAAUCCACAAGAAGCAUGCGAGUGAUGGAGUAAAGACUGUGCAGCAGCAGCCACUGGCAGAGAUCACUGCCCAGUCAUAGUACAAGCCCCUGGAACCCUUCCUCUAUCAAGAUCAAUGAUGGUGUGUUUUCCUGCACCAAGCUCCAAGCACAAAAGGAUUGUGAAUCAAUACGACUGGAUGUCAACCAUAAAGGCAACAUCAUUGCAGCUGAUUACAGAACAAUACCAAGAGCUAUUAGGACUGGACAUUUAGCGCUAAUAGUUCGAAUUACUACAUAUGUAUUGUAAAAUAAUACUGCACCAAAUUAAUUCUCAAAGAUGAUGAUAGGAAGACUGAUUUGUAUUCACAUAGUGAUUUUAAUUUCAGAAUUUGGACUCAGCCAAAAUACUUAUCUCUGAGACAGUUUUCACAUCAUUGGAACACUCUGUGCUCUUGAUAUUCUUCUCUGAAAUAUUAGAAAUGCUAAAAUUUGAUGGCCACUCAUGAAAACCAAACUUCCAGAAUAAUGUAAGUUCCUUGUAUUUAUAUUACAUGAAUACAAUUAGAACAAUGUUUUUGCUUAAGUAGAGAAUAAUUUUUUUUUUAAAAUAGGGAAUUUGUUAGUGACAAAAUGAUUCUGUGAUGGGGGUUUAGUACAGACAUUUUCUUUGUGAAAAUACCUUGAAUCAUUGAAAACAGUUUCUUCAAUCUGUUCCCAUAAAAGAAUAUCUCUUAAAAUGCAACUCUACUUAGAAAUUAUAGUUGCUCCAAUUUGUGGAAAUUUAUGUGCAUGCACAAAGCUGUUUUUCUCAAUACUUGCUCAGUAAAUAUGACACAGAAACCCAAAAUAAAGUAGCAUAAUUGAUAUUGCA